AUGGAGACGCUCGAUUGCAUCUUCGGCCUUGCCGCCGCAAAAACAUUCCAUCAACUGGAACCCCAAAGGAGCCUAGCCAUUCUGGACUCCGGAACUACCGUUGGGGGUGUCUGGGCUGAGGAGCGGCUGUACCCUGGCCUCAAGACUAACAAUAUGCUGGGGACCUUCGAGUAUCCGGACUUUCCUAUGCGCACUGACACCUUUGGCGUCAAACCCGGAGAACACAUGCCGGGAGAGGUCAUGUUCAAAUACCUCACUCAGUAUGCUGAAAAGUUUGGCAUUUUUGACAAGAUCCGCUUUCAGUCAGCGGUCUCUGUCGCCGAGCACCAAGACACCCCCGAAGGAGGGUGGAUCUUGACAGUCCAAAAUGGUGCCGCCCAAUCCCGAAUCUUUGCACGCAAGCUGGUUAUGGCUGGAGGACUCACCUCCGAGCCGUUUCUGCCGCACAUUGAGGGUCAAGAGAAGUUUGGGGUACCCAUUUUCCACAGCAGAGACUUCACCAAGUACGCCGGAACACUCGAUUCUGCCAAGACAGUGACUAUAUUCGGCGGGACAAAGUCAGCUUGGGAUGUCGCCUACGCUUAUGCUUCAAAGGGUGUCAAGGUAAACUGGGUGAUACGAGCAAGCGGCCAUGGGCCAAUUUGGAUAUCGCCUCCUUACGUUACGCCGCUUAAGAAAUGGCUCGAGAAACUGGUCCACACACGCCUACUUACGUGGUUCAGUCCUUGCAUAUGGGGUGACGUCGAUGGUUAUGGUUGGAUCCGCCGCUUCUAUCACGGGUCCGCGCUCGGCCGUGCGAUUACGAACGCUUUCUGGUUUAUCCUCGGCAACGACGUCCUGACCUUGAACAAAUACGACUCACAUCCGGAGAUACAAAAGCUCAAGCCGUGGAGUCAGGCGAUGUUCACGGCAUCCUCCUUCUCCAUCCUGAACUACCCAACCGAUAUUUUUGACUUUGUGCGAGAUGGUACCAUCAUUGUGCACAUCGCUGACCUUACAAGACUGUCUGAGAGAACUGUGCAUCUAUCCGACGGUACACAGCUUGACACGGACGCGCUCUGCUGUGUCACCGGCUGGAAACAUGUGCCGCCUGUCAAGUUCCUGCCCGAAGGCAUCGACAGAGAGCUGGGACUUCCUCGCAAGCCCUCGGAAGACGACUUCUUCAGCCCUACGCAAGUGAAGCUCGCUGACGAGACGAUCCUCUCGCGCUUCCCGCGACUGCGCGACCAACCCGUGCAGAAUAAACACCUGACACCGCUCCUCGCCACUAAGGGGCUCACAACCACGGACGCCAUCAACCCCUCCACACCGCUCACCCCCUGGACGCUGUACCGCUUCAUCGCACCCCCAUCCGAGCGCCUCCUCCAGACUCGCGACAUCGCCUUCGCCGGCAUGCUCCUCAACUUCUCCACCACCCUCGUCGCCCACGCCCAAAGCCUCUGGAUCGCCGCUUACUUCACCGACCGCCUCCCCGCCACCGUCCUCCCACCAACACCACCACCCCCCACCAACAACGCGAAGGUGGAAGAAGAAGACCAACAGCACGACCAACCCAAAACCAUAACCGACGUGCGCACCGAGACCCGCUUGCACGCGCGCUUCGGCCGCUGGCGGUACCCGGCCGGGCAUGGCGCCCAGUUCCCGGACUUUGUCUUUGACGCGCUGCCGUAUGUGGAUUUGUUGGUGAGUGAUCUGGGCUUGAAGGUGCAUCGCAAGCGGGGGUGGUGGGCGGAGGUGACGGAGCCGUAUGGCCCAGAGGAUUAUCGGGGGUUGGUGGGGGAGUGGGUGAGAAGGGUGGAGGGGGUGGAGAGUUAA